UAUGCUUCAACAUACAUGAUGAGAUGUAUUCAGUAAUGGUUUAUUAAUGUGCCAUCUCUGGCACUAACUUCUUAUUUAUCAUUUUAUUACUGCCGGUAGUCAUUAACUUGCAACCAAUAUUUCUUGUAUGCCCAUAUUUCUUUCAGGCAUAGAUGAUUAAUUUAUAUUUUUCUGGCAGAUAUACCUUCAGUUCAGUUGGUAGAAGUUUAGUUAAUGUGGAGAUUUCAGCAUCAGUUUCAGCUUUUCAAAAUGAAAACAAACCAACUUGAUGAUGAAAGAAGUUUAAAAUAGAUAAGGUAACUCAGAAUUUAAUCAUCUAAAUCAUUUCAGAAAUAUCUGAUUCUAUCUAUUGAUAAAUGUAAUGAUGUGAUAAGAAUAAUUGAAGAACUUUUUUGUCUAAGAAUGAAUUUCUCUCUUAGAGUACUACAGUUUUUGACUGAUACAUAUGCAGUUCAGGCACUAAUUUUUUGAUGCCAGUGGAGCUCAGUUUUAGUUUCAUCAUGCUGCUAUGUCACAUGGUGUAGUGCUGAUUGUCACAACUCUUUUAUAGCUGGCACAUAUUGCUGGUUGGCUUUCAUCCUAAAAUGCCUGACCUAACUGUAAUGUACUCACUUCAAAGUGAAAGCUCUAUUCAUGCAUCAUUUUAUUUCCAUUGUAAUACCCAUGUGACAUACUUUUACAAAUGUUCGUUGUACUCUAUAGCCUUGGAAUUAUCCAGAACUUUUGGUACAAACCAAUUAGCAUAAAAGUCAGUAUUAGUGGGUUCUACCACAUCCCACUUUGUACCUCCCUCCCUUCUUCUCUCCUCCUCCUUUCGUACAUGUUUAUCAGACCAGGAUUGCCCUAUUUAACUGUACUGCCAGCUCCAUCCAUCAACAGUCAGUAUGAGCACGCGCCAAUCAAAAACCAACUCAGACACAGACAUGUGUAACUCAGUUAGUGUGUUCGACAUAGAACCAGAGGAGGACGAGACCGUAAUCCACCGCUUGGUCAGUGUGUUUCAGCCUUAUAUCCAGCCCUGUAUAGCUGAACUGGUGGGAUCGACGCUUUUCAUCUUCACUGGCUGCAUGUCCGUCAUAGAGAAUCCGCAGGACACUGGGAGUCUGCAGCCAGCUCUAGCACAUGGCCUAGCACUCAGCAUCGUCAUAGCACUGUUUGGAGAGAUCAGUGGAGGUCAUUUCAACCCCGCUGUCUCUGUGUCUGUUUACCUGAUCGGGGGUCUUAAUGUCAUCUUACUGAUACCAUAUAUUCUGGCGCAACUGUGUGGUGGACUCAUUGGUGCAGGUCUGGCUAAAAGUAUCUCACUACCACAUAAUUACUACAAUGCAUCUGGUGGUGCAUUUAACACAGUCCAAGAGCGAGCUCAGAUUGAGCCUGCUGUUAUAGCUGAGAUAGUAAUGACGCUGUUCCUGACCAUGUCAGUGUGUAUGGGGGCAGUGAAUGGCAAGACACGUACCCUACUAGCUCCAUUCUGUAUUGGACUGACAGUUGCGGCUGAUGUCUUAGCAGGAGGAGCAGUCUCUGGAGCAUGCAUGAACCCAGCACGUGCUUUCGGACCAGCAGCAGUGGCAAAUUACUGGACAUAUCACUGGAUCUACUGGGUCGGGCCCAUGGCUGGUGCACUACUCACUGCUACUCUUAUUAGGUUGAUGCUGGGUGACAAGACGAUUAGAGUGAUACUGAAGUAACUUCACAAAGCUGGAAAAAAGUCACAGACAAAAAGUCAAUGUAAAAUAUAUCAAUAGUACUGCCAUUUCUGAUUGUCAUUUCUGAAUGAUUAAUCAUUCAUUUAAAUGUUGCUACUGCAUAAUAGUACAAAAUAGUACAUAAUGUAGUCAAUAGUAUAAAAUCUAAUACAGUAGAAUACAGUCAAAAGGUAUUUGUAUAUCUAAAUAGGGGGCAGUGGUGGCUUAGCGGUUGAGGCUCUAGGUUGCUGAUCGGACGGUCGGAGGUUCGGGCCCCAGCACUGCCAAACUGCCACUGUUGGGCCCUUGAGCAAGGCCCUUGACCCUUUCUGCUCCAGGGGCGCUGUAUCAUGGCUGACCCUGCGCUCCGACCCCAGCUUCCUGACAGGCUGGGGUAUGCAGAGAAAACCAU